UAGGAUCGCCCCGAUUACCUUGAACGCAACAUUACCUCGCAACCCGCGGAAAUCAAACAAGCUCUCCUUCGACAGAAAGACAGAAGUUACCGUUGUGUGCGUUUACCUAAAUAACGUUGGAUGCUUACAAACUAGAGCUAGCAGCUAAUGCAAGUAGCAAUUAUGUCUGAAUGCAAGAUUUCGUAGAAAGGGAAUAUGGAAAGUCGUGUUUCAAGUCAUUCCAAACGUUUGCCCACGUCUCUUUGUAUGGUAAUGUGGCUCUGUGAUGUUCUGAUAGAACAUGGGCAGCUACAGUGACUCCACCAGUGACCUGGACGAAGAGUUGCCUGUGUUUGACUUUCUCCAGCCGGGUCGACACCUCAGCCAAGCCUCCCAGAACAUAGGUGGCUCUAAUGCAGAAGGGGCAGCCGCUCUCUCCUCAGCAAAGGGCAACGCGGGCGCAAGUACAGGAAGAGCUGAUGUAAUGAUGAUUAGCAGCGAUUCUGAUGACGAUGCACCUCAUGUCCCACUGGCACAGAGACUGAAACAGAAACAAGACAAUCUGAUUAGGACCUCCUCCACCGUCACUAAUGGGAAGGAUGCUGAGCAGUGUUCGCCGUCCAAUCUGGCCGGCUCACGGCUCUCUUGCCAGAAUGGCUUUUCAGAGGCAGAGCGUCCGCUCAGCCUCCAUCAGAUGAGAACACUGAACUCAGAUGGCUCAGAGGAUUCGGCGGCGGCUCUACCUCAGCGAUGGCUGCCUCCAAAGCAUCUCUCCAACACAGGAAGCGCCGACACGUCUCCUGUCAAGAGGAAACCUGCCAAGCGGACGGCGGAGGAAAUCCAGGCCUCCAGGGAGGAGGCUCGGAGGAGGAGGGAGGCCAGGGAGAGACAGCAGGGGGGCAAGGAGGUGCUCAGGCAGGAACAAGAGAGACAGAAGGCAGAGAAGAAAGCUUUGGCGGAGGCUGCCAAGGCUCUGAGGCCAGAGGAGUGUAUAAAGCACAUGGUGGUGGCUGUGGACCCAGCUCUGUUACAGCUGGAAGGAGGUGGGACUCUGCUGGCGGCGGUGCAGGCUCUGGGUUGUAGCUGCGCCAUAGAGAAACAACCCCUCCCACGCAGUGUGAGCUGGAUGAGGAGGGCUCCCUGUGCACAGCCAGACGAUGCAGCGUGUCUACCAGAGGCCCAUGUUGUGAUGCAGAUGACAGUGGAUGACAUCAUCACUCUAAUCCACAACUGCAUUCAGGAGGAGAGGCAUGGCAGGUCUGAGUCUGGUCCCACUCUGACGUCCUGGGUGCAGGACCAGCAGAGGCGCAACCCCGGCAAGACUCUCAGCUUGGUUGUCAUCGACCUGGAGAAAUACUUCAGAUCCCAGAAGUCCCAAAGCCAGAGGAGGUUUCGAGAGGGGGUCGCCGGUGAGGAGCAUGGGGGAGGAAAAGCAAAGAAGCGGAAGAAGAAUGGUGGAGCAGAGGUGUUACCGGAGGUGUCACGAGUUGAAGUAGAAGAGGCAGUGGUGCAUCUGCAGCUUCACACUGGUGUCUCAGUUCGCUUCUUGUCAACCUGGAAGGACUUCUCAGAUCACAUCACCAUGACAACCAAAGCAGUUGCAGAAGCCCCUUUCAAGCGAGAGAGGGAGAACACGGGCUUCUCUUUCUACCUGGAGAGUGAGUGGGCAGGGGGGCAGCGGGUGGAUAAAGCUGGAAAAGGGCUGCUGCAGGUGUGGAAGAGACAGAUCCAACAGCUGAACAGAGUCAGUCCAGACAUGGCCUCAGCCAUUCUGGCAGCAUACCCCUCCCCACAGCUGCUCAACAAGGCUUACAAUCUGUGCAAGAACGACUACGAGAAGAUCUCCCUGCUGUCUGACCUUCUGAUCCGCAGGGGAGAAGGCGUCACUUCCACGAGUCGACGGGUCGGUCCGGAGCUUUCCAAACGCCUCUUCCUCAUGAUGAACUCGUGUGACCCUGAGCAGACACUAGACUCCACCGUCUGAUCUAUGAAAGCUGUUUCCAGUAUCUUUGGACUAGUCACAACAUCAAAUUUGAUACAAAGUGGUUGGAAUUCUGCUUUUUAUGUGAUGUGUAUAUAAUCAACGUUUUAUGAAAAUAUUGUUUUAGAAGGCUAUCAAUGAGAAAAAAUUCAAUAAGAAAUAUCAUAUACAGUCAUUAAAAGGAAACUCAUAUUUUGCAACAUGGGUUUCAUUAAAUUGCGGUCAUUCCGGCUAUGGUUCAUGCUAACUCUAUGUUUACGUCAGAAUAGCAGAUUUUACUUAUUUUUCAAAUGCCUGUCUCACCAAAAGUAAGCAAAGAAAGGAGCCUUAUGGAUUAGCAUUUGUGGCCAAUUAGCUUAAGCUCACCGAAGCGAACAGGGCUCACAAUGUGAAGCAGCAGCAAAUUAAAGGUUAAUUUGUGUCAUGUCUUGGAAAACCUCUGGUAAACAUGGCCACGCUUGAGUCAUAAACAAAGAAAUUAGCCCUCUGUUCAGUGAUGUCAGUGGUGUCUUCCAGUUGGACCCGGGGCGAAACAGGUCUGCAACUGGUGAUGUUGAUUAUAAUUUUCUUGAAUCUUCCCUCACAAACCUUCCCUCGUAUAUUGAUGGUGACCUAAACAAAGCCUAUCACGUACGUACAAACUGCUGUGCAGCCAGUUGUCCUAGACAUAGAUCUUUGUAUAAAGCAAUCCAAGGGUCGCAUUUCUUUCUUUACUUUAGUUUUGACUAUAACAAUUUUGAAACAUUUUGUAUACAUUGUCAUUUUAUGUGAAAUUCAUUGAGAGUCUGAUACUACUAGUAAUUAUGAGUAUCCACAAGUUUCCUGGCGAUGUCACUGGGGAACUUAUUAUGAGGGAUACCUCCAGUGCUAGGCAGAACUAACGCAAGUCACAAAGUAUCAUAAUAAAGAUGAUGAACGAAUA